AUGAGUCAAACCGCUCGAGAAGAACUUGACGAUGAGGGCAGUGAAGGAUCUGAAAUGCAGUAUUUUACCGCGAUUCCACCUCAAUCACCAACUUUAUGUAAGAACAGUAUGGAAAACGAUGACCUAUAUUCUGCAGUAGAUGUAACUCAAUUCACGGUUUCGACUGUGUCUGUGAACACUGUGAACGAUGUCCUCUUCAAUAUGGAGCAGAAUUUGGAUCGUCUUCUCAACUAUCGAGCCGGUCUCAUCGGAGAAUAUCAAGAUGCCAGGGUCGCCUUCAAUCCCGUCACCAAAUUGUGUGGGAUUCGACUAUUUUCAGCGAUGGUAGGCAAUCGUGGACGAUGAGAUAUUAUAUUUUUAGAACCUUUUGAAGUCGUUAACUCUCCUCUAUUGGUUCUUUAUGGUUACUCGAAUCAUCGUCCGCUUUGAUCUUUGUCUUUAUAUGGCCUUAAUUGGAUCAAUGAGCAUUUUCCUGAUGAGCUUUGGUCUCGCCUCGGAGCACUCUUUGUUCACGAUUCCCAUGAUUAUUUCACUGAUCUUGGAAUUAUUAACAGGUGUGAGGCAAGGAUAUUACACCAUCGAGAUCAUACAAGAUCCGUAAGUGGUGGAUUCGUUUUUAUUAAAAAGAUACGAUUACAUUAUGACAAAGGUUUCAGAGAAAGGAGCAGACUUUCGGAUUACGUUGGUCUAUUUGGAACGGUGUUGUUGGCUGAUGCUUCGACUUACGUCGGACUUAUAAGGUAAUAUUAAAUUAAUAUAAGGUAAACGUAGAGUUUUAAAUACUAUACUAUAGUUACAGAUUUACAUCGUAUGUGCUCAUUAAGACCCUCUGGCUGUUAUUCGCCUUAGGCCAUUUCAUGAGCAUGUUCUUUUUGAUGAGAGAGAAAUCGCAGACUCUGCGAAACUUGGAAGAGAAGAUACGACAAGCACAGCGAGAUAUUCUGGCCGCAUCCACACAGAUCGACAACCUCAGAAUGCAAAACAGACUGAACAGGGGAGAUUAA